GUGGUGUGCAAAGUAGCGCUUGUAUCAGCUUGCUACAUUCUUAACGCUAUCGGUGGCAGGUGCAUCUUUUUGACGAGUAACCCUGCUUACCACUAGUAACUUACAAUGGCGAUGAACGAUGCUACAUGUACUGAGGCCGCUGCGCCACGGAGGAUCGCUGCCAGCACCUACGGUAGCCUUGGCGGUGCCAUGCCGACGGAGCAAAGAAGUGCAUUAAGGAAGGGCCACUUCUUCGAGAAGGCCAACCCAUUGACCAGAGGUAUCGUCGCUGAGAAACGUUGUGUCGGGAUGAGGAUCCAUGACCGGAACGAACGCUCGACCGGUCGGAUCGGCCGACGCUACGACGACAUGCGCAUGACUUCCUCGAGGAGAGCUGCCUCGCAAGAGAACGAGAGUGCCAGGAUCGAGAGCUGCUUCAUGGAGAGGUAAUCUGCCAUCGGGUGACAAGGCCACUUUGCGCAACUGGACGUCGUUACCUCGGGAGGCCAGCCACGAAUUGAUGGCGUUCAAGUAACCUCUUGGGUCAGCGAUGAAGUUUGGGACAUCAUCUAGAUCAAGUCCAUACAAGCUAGCGAAACAUGCCUGUAGCGCAUUCCCCUUUGCUGCUGUGAAGUCCGUCUGGAGGACGCGGAGGAGUGGUGGCGACGUCGCCGUUGGAGUCAUCACCGUUGCCUCAACUGCCACCGUUCUGCUGGCAACAAAUCGUU